GGACCUGAUAAAGAAGCUCUUGGUGAACGACCGGACGAGAAGACUUGGAAGCAUGAGGAACGGUGCCGAAGACGUCAAGCGGCACAGAUGGUUCAGAGGAACGAACUGGGACGACGUCCUCGAGAAGAAACUCAAGCCGCCCAUAGUGCCCAAGGUGUCGCACGACGGAGACACCGGCAACUUCGACGACUACCCAGAACGGGACGCACUCAUGAAGCGGCCCACUUCGUCCUGCUCGUCGGUCAGCGAAAAGGACGCGGACACGUUCGACGACUUCUGAAGAACGGGCACCAACUCGCAACCCGGCCCAUGUUGCGGAAUGCUGGGGCGAGCCUUGUUCACAGCUCCUUCUGGUCGCCGCUGCGGCAGGAAAACCUUGACUCAGAGGAACACCUAGAGCGGCUUAGAAGAUUCAACGGGGGGUGUAGAAGAUCACGUCACGUGGUCAUUCGCCAACAGAACAGGCGGCCGCCCUCCAGUACACCAACGUCCAACGUCGUUAGCGACGUCGCAGUGGUUGAACACGAACUUGUGGCCGUGCUCCGAGACGCCGGUGUCUACCUGUCCGUCGCGGCUACGCUGUGGUUUGCGUGGCUGCAGUGUACAAGCCUUCGCUGCUCUCGCUAGCCGAAAGUGGCCGUAGUGAAGAACGUUUGCCGCGCUCGCAUUGAUGUGUAGUGUUGUGUUCUUUGUUGUUUUCUGUCUCUUCUUUUCACAUAAGCUCUCUUGUCUUCUAAGACGAAGGACGGCACCGCGUUGUUAUCAUGCUAUACCACCGGCACAGUGUCGAAAAAAAUCUCUUGCGCCGAAUUCGAGUUAUCACCCGUUUACAGAUAAGUGCUUUACGUAGCUACAUGAGCAGCCGCCUUGCUUUGGUCACACUGAGGUUUGCACUAACAUUGGGGACUACCUAGUUGAAGCUGUACGGGCAAUGCUCCCGCUUGACCAGUGAAUGACCGCUGUAAGGUCUGAUGCAGGGCUUGUCAACAGUUGUAGCGGUUAAGUUUGAUAGCUAAAGGUUACCUCCUUUAAUGACCACAGUACUGCGGUGUGACGUCGAAAAUAACUUCGAGGAGUGUGCUGUGUGUCAAAAAUGAAUGUGCUUCUGACAUGCUCAUGUUAGUCUAGUCACUAUAGGUUUGAUUUUUUGUGCUCUAGUCUGUAGCGUUGUUACAUGUUUUUCGGAGCCGGGUUAUAAUCCUGAAUGUGUAAAUGGGCGGCUCUGUUGUAGACUGACUUUUGUGUAGUCGUUGUGCGAACGCUUUGCGAGUUAUGUAAUCAUCGGGCUUUAUCGUGCAUAGAGAUGAGCGCGUCAUUAACUUCGGUUCCCAAGCGAAGUUCUGGUCAGUUUAUAAUACAGCCUAAGUAUCUAACUACGUUAGACAACUGCGAACACCACCUGCUCGAGGGGUAGGCAGUUUCGGCAACAUUAAUUUCGUGUAGCCAGCGCAGAAACCUUAAGUGGGCUGAGAAGGAUUAGGUUGUGGUACACGCUGCGAAAAUUUUUACUAGUGUAUAGAAAGACGUGUCCCUUACCUACUAAGCAGUCAUAAGAGACAUCGCAAGGGACCACGACAGGCUGUCAGGCGCAAAAAAAAAAAAAAAAAAAGAAGAUGGACAAAUGCUAUGAAAUAUAUUUUUUUUUAAAUUUCCAAACACUAUACGUACCGCUCACUAUAUAGUGCCAAUUGUUUUAGCACGAGCGGAACUCAUGAGGCAUUCUUACAAGGCAUUAAUACGGAUGUUAAAUCUCUGACAUAGUUAAGGAUUUAUUUGAGUUGAACAAGACGCAAAAUGUUAGUUCUUUUUUUCUACUCUUUUACAAGUCGCAUGCAGAAUGUCAAGAAAAUCAAAACAUAAAAAAGAGAAAGCGGUGCAAAUCUGGGAAAUUUCGAAACCGUCAGGUCUGCGCUUGCGUGGUGCAUGUUAUGUGGUCGGGUUUACGAAAGUAUCCAUGCGGCGACGGUUACCGAUCAAACUUUAGUUCGACAGCAAUUUGCCAAGUGAACUGAAAAUUUCCACGAGCUUUCCGUGAGCAUUUAUACGGAUGUAGGCGUAGCUAAUCAGUGUUUACAGCGCACUGUAGCGUGCCACUGAUAGAAACAGGGUGAUAUAAGGUAUACCGACUGCUAUUUUUAUACACAUCGGAGCGAGACACGCCACAACGAGACGUAAAUGAACACGGCACAACUAACAACAGGCACACGCGGCACGGCCCGACUGAAUUACCUUUUCAUCUCAUGUGUGACGUGACAACUGAAAGAAACAAUCACUCACUCGGGAGUUGUGACUAUGACGAGCACAUUAACGGAACACGUAUAAGGUCGAGUCCGGAGACGCCAACCUCAAGAGGACAUCACCCGCUCUUGGCAAUGAACGAGUGUGUAUGCGGUACAGAUGACAAAACAUUGAACUAUGAGGGCAGAAUUGAAGCUAUUAUAUUUUUGCCUAUUUUCUCAAGAUUUUUGGCCGUGGAACAACAUUAGCAGCUGACUGCGAAAAAGCUGAUGAGUUGGUUGUUUUUUACUCCCAAGAAUAAGAACGAAGAAACAGAAUAUCGGUGACUACUAGAGCAGAAUUGAUAGAUUAAUUGAUCGAUUAAUUAAUUGUCGGAUUGGUUGAUUUGGUAACACAAUACGUUGACGAGUUUCGUCGCAGACACCUUUUUGUAGCGUGAACAAUAUACAUAAAAAGUCAUGACGACAAUUUCAACAUUGACAUCUAUCGAUCAAUCAAUUUCAAGUUUAUCAAAAAUCAUUAAAACACCUGUUCCGAUGGGGACAAAAAUUAACCUUUGGGAACAGCAAGGAAGUUGAGAUGACGCUAAAAUAUUUCAAACAAGUGUAAAGUUGAUCUCAAUGCUCUGGCAUAUCACCUCCACCCAUUAUCAUGAUGGAGCGCUCUGGCUCCUUUUAAGUUGUGAAUUAUUCCUUAACGAGGUGAGGAAUAUAGUAUUUGCCCCUAAAUUUCGUUCGGUUUCAGCAGGGCACAGUUGGCGAAAGAAGUAGUUGCGCCAUUUUCCUCCUCUCAUCAUCACCGAAGUGGCGCUUCCCUGCCUAUCGCGAGAAGAACCAAUUACAUGAACACAGGCAUUCGAUAGUGUAUUGGCGAAGCUUAGGCUGACCAGCUUUGACGUGUAUACUGGAACAAGGGAAGACAUACCAAGGAAUAUAAGCUCUGAUAGCGACACCUUUCGACGCCGUGAUCAAGCACUACAGGCUGGAAGAGUUGUAUUAGUACUGUUCUAUCCGAAGAGAUAGAAGGAAUGGUGAAAAGAAAGAUAGAGAGAGAUAAACCAUACCCUCAAGUUUCCGGUUUGCUAUUCUACAAUGAAGUUUAAGGAGAGAAAAGAAAGAAAAGGGGGGGGGGGGUCGAUGAGGGAUGGUGACAUAUGCAGUAGCAGUCAGAAACCAUGGUGCUACCCGUCAGGCUUACAAUCGAUUGAUUAGUUGGUCAAGCUUAAUAGUCCUGAGAGACGCGACUAUCGCGCAGUGGGCUCCUCCCACGUGACUGCGAAAAUAUACCGGAUGUAUUGGGAUCGACUGUCUAUCAGGCGACGCCUUAACGCCAGGAGAUAUGUGGACCAAAGUCGGCGAUUGCGUGAGCAUUGUUAGUGCUUUGGUGAUGAACGGCAUAACUGCAAGGUGUCGCCGAUAGCGUUGAUGCUCGCGUCUCCGACUCCCGGUGUUCUAAAUACGUCUUAAGCUGGCACGUUUACGCCGUGCCAAAACACUUAGUCAUGUUACGUUAUCGUGAGGGGUGGCUAGGUGAGAACAUCAUGGAUGAGAUUAUUAGGUCUUUACUGCAAGUCCUUGAUGCGAAGCUUUCGAUGUUUUAUAUAAUAGGCCUAGUUUUUUAGCGUUUUCGGCUUACAGUCGAUGCGAAGGCGGCAGUCGCCAUGCGCAUGUUUCCGCCCUGCUCCUAUGGCGUCGUUUUCACCGGCACGCUGAUGAACAGCUUUGCUAAGCGUUGAUUGUUGUGUUUCUAAGAAACUUCUAAGAGGCGCACGAUGACAUCAAACGUUUGCAGGGUAGACAUGGUCCUUCUGCCUUUUUCUUCCUCCUCUUCCUCCUUGUAGGGUAGACGGCGCAUGAACAUAAAGCAGUGCAGUUAGCCAUCUUCAGGGCUAAAGAAAAAAAAAAGCCCUGGUUCAAGGCAUCUCUUAUAUAUAUACUGUGAUUAAGAAAAAAAUACGUUAUGUGAGUGAAUUCUGAAACAGGGGCCGUACCAACAAAGUUUUUCCUUCGUAAGUGUCAUUCGCUAUUGGCGGUUUACCUUCGUUAAUAAUGUGCCCAGCGACAGUCUUGAAAAAAAAAUUUUCUCGUACGAAUAAUUUUACCAUGCGUGAGAGCUUUCUCUGCGUACAGACCCUGAAAUCCGCGAGACCUUCUGUCGACAGAACAAAAAUGAGUGCUAUAAAUUUCACUUUUAAUGUGCCUUUGGUAUCUGCUUAUCAUCCUGGCGACAAUCUGUUUUCAAAGUGACGAAAUACAAGCUGCCGUCCUAUAACAAUGAAAUAAUGAUACAAAAAAAAAACCUGACAUCUUGAGCACUGUUAAAAGCUGUAGAAACAUGUAUGCGAAGGAGACUUUCCACUGCAAUUAAAUAUGUACAACGGGAACGUCUUAGUGCAUAAGCAAGCGUAAAAGAAGGGGCUGGAAUGCAGAUUUCGACAAAUCGCGAAAUGUCCUCCCAAAGUGUGUGUAUAUCGAAGCCAACUCGUUCGCGACGUCUUUCGAUGUAAUAAUGUAAGCGUGGAAAAAGAGAAAGCAUCCGAUAUUAUUUUAGGUCACGACUAGAUUGUCAAAGGUGAGCGUCGUGCCAAGUAACUGUAUUCCGGACAGCAGUGCCCAAGAAAAGUCGUCGUCGAAGUCAAGCGCAGAUUGAAGGAACGCUUUCUGCGAUGCCUACUUUGUGUACAGAGCUUUCUUUGCUCCCUGUAUAGUGACGGGAGGAGCAGAAGAGUCGGCAACGCACCUAACUGUUGUGUACUGUAUCGUUAUAUUUUUUUUUAGAGAUACACUUCGCGCCAGUCACUUAUUUGGUGUAAGCAUGUAACGUAUACACAUAUAGCCGUGAGCUUCUAUUUGUUUCGACGCCAUUUUUACGUGGAAAGUAGUCGUUUGUUCUGUUACUUUUCGAAGGAUACGAGAUUCUGUGAAAAUAAAAGCCCCGCCGCCUGCUUUGCGG